ACACGCACGCAUAUGUUGUAUAGGAGACCACACUACAGUCGCGCGGAGAGAGCUGCGACUAUAUGGAAAGGCCAGCGAGCGAUAGUGCCGUGCUAACGUUUUUACCUAUAGCAGCAGCUCCAUAUAUACUUCGCUUUACCUGCGCCACGGUCUUUUCUGCGGGGAGCUGUGCUGUGUAGUGUCGACUGUUGUUGCGUUGUAUAAGUGCGUGUGCGUGCCAUUCGGAGGCCGCCGCGACUCUGCGUGUGUAUAUACACGAACGUCAGUGAGUCUGUCGGAUCAUCAUCAUCAUCAUAGCGACUUUCAAUAGCGAGUCGAUCGGAGUCGCGCAGCCAGCGAGACUCUUGUAAUCUUCGAUCGCUGCGUGUGCUGCCGUAGUGUAUAACGUGUGUCUGUGUGUGUGCUGUGUAGUUUGUAAUAUUACCUGCUGUUGCUGUGCUGUGUGUCUCUGGCGCUUUAUAGCCUAGUUGCGGGUGCCACAUCGUGUCAGCAGCAGUGAUACCGGAUUCGCGAAAAAAAGAAAAACACACAUACAAGUCGUCGUGUCGUCGUCGCCGUCCGUGGUGCGCGCGUGCAAUCACUUUGUGCCAUCUUGGUCGCAGUCGCGACAGUCGACAAUAAGGUAUACAUACACACACGCAUUAUACGAGAUAUGAUGCGUGGUCGUCUGCGAUGAGAUCCUCCGAGAUUCGUCAUCGUUGAGACACAGUGCAAAAGAACAUCAUCUGGGUCGUUAUCGCCCGGACAAGGGCUGAGGCACGUGCGUGGCUACUGCUGUGCUACUAGUGUGUUGUACAACAUUUCGCGAGUGUCUGUGUGCGUGUGCGUGUGCGUGUGUGGAGAACAUAUUACAGAGACCCAAUUUUUAUAUAAUACAAGAGGGCCAGGAUGAAUCGCGGCGACGGCCUGGUGCAGAGGCGACGCGCCACGACCGCGUCGAGCCAGGACGGUGGCAGCGGCGGCGGCUCGUCGCAGGGCACGGGCAACGAGGCCUCGGGCCAGUCGGGCGACAGACAGUCCCCCGGCGACGGCGACUCGGGCUCCCUCAAGGAUCUCAACUCCAAUCCAGCUGUCGACGAGGACAGCGACAAGGAGACCAGGCUCACCCUCAUGGAGGAGGUACUGCUGCUCGGUCUCAAAGACAAAGAGGGCUACACUUCGUUCUGGAAUGAUUGUAUAAGUUCGGGCUUGCGAGGAUGCAUAUUGGCAGAAUUGGGCCUGAGAGGACGCGUAGAACUAGAAAAGGCUGGAAUGAGAAAGAGAGGUAUUUUAACAAGAAAAUUACUAUUAAGAAAUAGUUCUCCAACCGGAGACGUGCUGCUGGAUGAAGCGUUGAAACAUCUCAAAGAAACAGAUCCACCAGAGACUGUUCAGAGUUGGAUAGAAUAUUUAAGCGGAGAAACAUGGAAUCCUCUGAAGCUGCGUUACCAAUUAAAAAAUGUGAGAGAAAGGCUUGCCAAAAAUCUUGUCGAAAAAGGAGUAUUGACAACAGAAAAACAAAAUUUUCUUUUGUUCGAUAUGACAACUCAUCCAUUAACAGACAAUCUUGCAAAGACUCGAUUAGUCAGAAAGAUUCAGGACGCAGUUCUCAGUCGAUGGGUGAACGACGCGGGUCGCAUGGACCGGCGCACCCUUGCCUUGAUAGUCCUCGCUCACGCCGCGGACGUCCUAGAGAAUGCGUUCGCGCCACUGUCCGACGACGACUACGAGGUGGCCAUGCGUCGAGUGAGGACGCUGCUCGAUCUCGACUACGAGGCCGAGUCGAACAAGCCAAACGCCAAUCCCGUGCUGUGGGCCGUCUUCGCCGCUUUCACGAAGUAACGACUGCUCUCGCUGUUUCCAUGAAAAAUUUAAUUCAAAAAACAAACAACAAUCAAAAGUGGACACACACGGUGGCAUAUUCUGGAGAGAGGGAGAGAGAGAGAGAAAAAAAAAAGAAUUUCCCGGUGCGUUUAACGAAAUGAGGAAACUAUAUAUAUAAUAUGUAAGAAAAGUCACGAUUCGACCCAGCUCAAGGUGCUUCGCCAUUAUUUCUUUUUCCUCUUAUGGAUUAACAACGAUGAUGAUCGAAAAAAAAAACAUUGCUUGAACGUUUCUUUUAUUUAUUAACUACUCACGAGCUGUUCCACGAUCGAGCUUCGUUUUGGAAGUCUCGAGCGUUUUUAAACAAAAAGCAUCAAAGUCCAACCAGGCUCUUGCCUGCGUUUAUUUAAUAUUUUGUGACGAAUGCGUCUAUGCGAAGGGGGCGCCGCGUCGAUUUUAUGGAGAUGAAAAAAAAAAGAGAAAAGUUUAGCGAGACGAUUGUAAUGUCGCUCGUGCCAUUACUAAUUAAUAUUCCUCUUUAUAUAGCGAUGAAAUAAGCUGCGAUUUUCACGAGUGAAUCAGACUCUCUCUAUAUCUCUUUUUAUCUCCCGCGAAAGAUGUGAUUUUUCCACGAUCGACAACCGCGGGAAAAACUGUUGUUAUUUGUACAGUAGAUCUUUUUGCCGUUAACGUAUAAUACAAAAAAAACCCGAUAACAUGAAAAAAAGUGAACGUUUUGUCUGUCUUUGAUAUUGGCUGUUAGGGAGGCCGCGUGUUUACUUAUGUGCCUGUGACAUAUCGUUCGUUAAUCACUUGCAAAAGGCGAUGAUCGUGUUGUAUAUGAAUUAUAUAUGUGUCGUACCUGACGCUUCGGUUGUGUUUUGUAUCGUGCGACGCUACCCAUAAUAAUUAUGUACUCAAUGAAAGUAUAAGAAAAAAAAAAUGUUACUGUGAUUUUGAUGAGCGCCGAGGCGACGGGUACCCCGAGCAAUUGUUGAUAAUGGGUUGGUACUGCAAUAUUUAUGGUCCACGAGCGUGAUGUUUCACACGUCCGUUCCUUCUCUUGCAUGCAAGUGGCUAUAAUUGAAUAGUAUGACUUUUUAAAAUGUAUGGAAAAAAUGUAUUAAUUGUAUAAUGGGCACACUGUGAAUGCGGCCUCCUUUUUUUUUUUUUUUUUAUUAAUUUUGAUGAACACAAGUGCGAGAUGCUACGUUGAAUUUUAUUAACGUCCCAGUUUUGGACGCCUGAGAAUUGACUGAUGAAUUUUUGUGUCAAUUCUGUGCUGAACAUCGAAUUAUUUGUAAUAAAUGAAAAAAAAAUGGAAACAAAAAAAUGCAGCACAAGUUUGAAGAGUCUUCAAAUGACACAGUUGAUGAAAAUUGUGUUUUAUUAAAUUAAAACUUAAAUAUACUGUUUAUUUUAUAUCAUGAAGUGUUAUUAGGCGAUAAAUCCGGUCGUUAUUGAAUUAAUUUUUCAUCAGUUUUGAUUAUUGUGUUGAUAAUGAUAUAUAUUGAAUAAUAACUAUAUGUUGAAUUUUUGAAUGAAAUAAAACGAUGUGGGACUAUUAUAAAGUAUUAUGAGAACAUGAAAACUGUAAAGGAUAAAUUUCAAGAAUGAUUUUUAUAGACUCCAGAUUAAAAAUGAAGCGUAAUCAUAUAAUAUAUAUAAUUAUAUAAAACAA